CAGCCAUCUUUGAUCGUUAUCUGCUCGUGGAUGAAUGCUGCAGAGAAGCACAUUGCCAAGUAUACUGCGGGCUAUCGACGACUCUAUCCCGACACGACGGUACUCCUCGUCCAGUGUUCUCUCGCCGGAUUCUUCACCAGUAAAGCCAAGCAGGAAGUCCUUCUCAAACCAGCGUACGAUAUGAUCAUCAACCACAGAUCCGAUGGCAACCAAGGCGGACCUGUGGUCCUCCACGCUUUUUCGAACGGCGGUGGAACGUUAGCGAAUUACAUCGCAGGUUUCCUGAACGAACGCAGUCCUGGGAAGAAGGUCGUAUUCAAUAAAGUCAUUCUCGACUGCUUGCCUGGCAUCCCAACUAUCGCAGGUGCGGUCAGGGCAGUUUCUUUCUCUCUGCCUCGCAAUCCAAUUCUGCGCUUCCUUGGCCAGUGGAUAUUCAGGAUCUGGUUGGUGGCUUAUUCCAUAUUCGCGUACGCCCUCCGUCGGCGCGAAGACAGAGUUACCCGACUACGACGACGGUUGAACGACCCCGAGAGAUUCGAUCUAGGCGCUCCACGGUUGUAUCUGUACUCUAAAGCGGACGAUCUCGUGGAGCAUUGGGCCGUGGCUGAGCACGCCGAGGGUGCCAGGAAGAAGGGCUAUCGUGUGAGAGAAGAACUGUUCAUCAAUGCGCCUCACUGCGCCAUUGCGAAAGAUGAGCCGGAGCGAUAUUGGAAGGCCGUGCAAGAG